AUGAUAGGUCUCGGAUACAAUUGGUUCAGUUUCGGAUACGUGUUUGGUACAUGUCUAGCGGUGCGUCUGACAUCGGCGGUGGCGAGACGCGCCGUCGCGCCGCCAGCCGGGCUGCAGCAGUACGCGGUGGACACGCUCGGCUCCGGCCCACCUACACAGGUGUUCCCAGUCCGCCGCUCGACUUCACCCAAAGCCAUCCCUCGUCUAUGUAAUGAGACCGUUUCAGGGAUAUGUCGUGAGGUAAUGCGGCGCGAUUACGCGCUCCCGCGGGACUCCACUUUAAAGGUCAGGGGGAGGUGA